GAACAACAACAAAGUGUCAGGACGGGCGUGAGACAAAGGGGCGAAGGCGACGACGUAUAAUCGAGUUAAAAUCAUUGAAAAUGUUGAAAGAGUUGGUGAAGGAGCGACUUAUGUCGGCGGCUGAUGAAAUAUUGGCGCUGUUUGAAAGAACGAUCGCGUCGUACGAGGAGGAACUUUCUCGAACGAGAGAGGAGAAUGAGCGACUUCGACAAAAACUGGAAGCUGUUAACAAGACUCAAAUUGAGCUCCACAAUGAAGACAUAAAGCAGCUGAUCGGUCUUCAAGAAGAACGUACCCCUCAGCCGCAGGGGUGGAUCUCCACAUUGAAGCAGGAGGAUCCCCAGCCCCCCCACAUUAAAGAGGAAGAGGAGGAGCCACAGCCCCUCCACGUUAAAGAGGAAGAGGAGGAACUGUGGACCACUGAGAAGGGAGAGUGUCUUCUAGGGCCGGACGAGGCUGAUUUCACCACGUUGCCACUGACUGGUGUCUCUGUGAAGACUGAAGACCAUGAAGACAAACCACCUGAGUCCUCACAGCUUCAUCGCAGUCGGAGUGAGGAGAACAAAGGGGCGGAGCCUCCAAGCAGCAGCAGCAGCAGCUCAUCACAGCACAUGACAACAGAAGCUGAAGGAGACCACUGUGGAGGAUCACAAGCAGACAGUCUCUUAGCUCCAUCAGAUAGUGACCACACAACGUCACACUCUCCUGAGGAUGAAGACAGCGACCACACCCAAGAAUCUCUGAGCAGCGGUACAGACUGUGAAGGUGAUAUGAGGACUCACACUGACAACAAACACUCUGAAUGCUCUAAAAAGAAGACUGGUAAAAAACGUUUCACCUGCUCAAUUUGUGCUAAAUCGUUUUCUUUUAAGUGCCUUUUGACUCGACACAUGAGAACCCACACUGGAGAAAAACCCUUCAGUUGCACAAUUUGUGCCCGACGAUUCUCUCGAAGGUCACAUAUGGCAGGACACAUGAGAACCCACACUGGAGAAAACCCUUUUAGAUGCUCAGUUUGUAGUCAAGGAUUCUCCUAUAAGUCAAAUAUGGCAAAACACAUGAGAACUCACACUGGAGAAAAACCCUUCAGUUGCGCAAUUUGUGAAGAAAGAUUCUCUCUCAAGUCAACUAUGGCAGCACACAUGAGAACCCACACUGGAGAAAAACCUUUUAUUUGUUCGGUUUGUGACAGUAAAUUUGCUCAGAGGUGCACUUUAAAGCAGCACAUGAGAACGCACACUGCAGAAAAACCUUUUAGUUGCUCAGUUUGUAGUCAAGGAUUCUCCCAUAAGUCAAGUAUGACAGCACACCUGAGAACACACACUGGAGAAAAACCUUUUAGAUGCUCAGUUUGUAGUCAAGGAUUCUCCUAUAAGUCAAAUAUGGCAACACACAUGAGAACUCACACUGGAGAAAAACCCUUCAGUUGCGCAAUUUGUGAAGAAAGAUUCUCUCUCAAGUCAACUAUGGCAGCACACAUGAGAACCCACACUGGAGAAAAACCUUUUAUUUGUCUGGUUUGUGACAGUAGAUUUGCUCAGAGGUGCACAUUAAACCAUCACAUGAGAACUCACAAUGGAGAAAAACCCUUUAGCUGUUCAGUUUGUGGUAAAAGAUUUAGUAGAAAGUCAAACUUGGUAAAUCACAUGAGAAUGCACAGUGGAGGAAAAGCAUGUCAAGAAGGGUUGGAGUCAACCUCAGAUAUGAUUAAGAUGGAUGACUCCUCAUUAUAGAAUUAGGAUUAUAAUAAUUCAUUAUCUAUUGUGUAUAAAGAGACUUUAUGUACACACUGUAUUUUAAAAACUAAAUAAGUGAUGUACCACCUGAAGAGUUUUUUUCUCAGCAA